UCCAUCGCAUCAUGAUGUCCCUUUUUCAUCCUGUCUCUUCCCUCGCGCUAAGAAUACGCCUAAGGCACUAACUCUCAACGAAGCUGGUGAAGACCCACAGGCUUAGUUCUAUCUGACAGCCACGCCGCUAAUCACUUCCCCGUGAAUAUGGCGCCGGUUGGUCCGAUCGUCUAAACAUCCGUCAGCCUCGGGGACGGUUUUUCAAGGAAAUACUCCGCCUAAUUAAACUGCUAAAGACAUAUAGACAUGGGUUCGCAGCUGAGCCGCAGCGCAAUCAUGCCCCCUGUCUGCUCCAAGCUUGCAAUUUUGACGAGAAAUCCAUCAUUCCACAAUGGGCGCCCAAUUCUCCCAAUUCUUCCCUCCUCGGCCGACCUUCACUCCUGACGAUGUUCCCCGUCAAUCUGGCAAGGUCGUCCUGAUCACUGGUGGCGCAUCAGGCAUCGGCUUCGAGCUGGCCAAGAUGCUCUACCGCAAAGGCGCCAAAGUCUACAUCGGGGGUCGCUCAGAGGACAACGCCAAAGUUGCCAUACAAGCUAUCCAACAAGCCGUUCCCCAGACCGGGGGUGAAAAUAGUCCUGGUGUACUAGAGUUUCUUCCGCUUCAUCUGGACGACCUCACUACCAUCAAGGCUACAGCUGACGCCUUCCGGACGAAAGAGUCCAAGCUGGAUCUGCUCUUCAACAACGCGGGUGUUUCCCAGCCACCGCUGGGCAGUGUCUCCAAGCAGGGAAUCGAGCUGCAACUCGCAACCAACUGUCUGGGCCCGUUCCUGCUUACCCGGCUUCUGACUCCCCUACUUGAGGCUGCAGCGGCAUCGGACUCCUCCACAACCGGAUCUGUCCGCGUCGUCUGGACGAGCAGUCAAGUCGCCGAGCUCUCCGCGCCGCCAGAGGGAAUCAUCAUGUCGGAGCUGACGAACCCGCCCAGAGAUGUGGUACGCAACUAUGUCACCUCCAAACUAGGGAACUGGUGUCUGGCCGCGGAGAUGGCCCGACGGUACGGCACGCAGGAAAUUGUUAGCGUAGCGCAGAAUCCUGGCGCAGCCAACACGAAUCUUCUCCGCAAUGCGCGCUGGAUGAAGAUUCUCUCCUGGCCAUUGCUGCAUAGCCCGGUUUUGGCGGCUCACACUGUGCUCUAUGCUGGGUUGUCCCCCGAUCUGAACUUGGAGAACAACGGUGCCUAUGUCAUCCCCUGGGGACGGAUCCAUCAAGAGGUGGCGCCGAACUUGCUGAAUGCGAUGAAGACGCAGGAGGAGAGUGGGACGGGACGCGCAAAGGAGUUCUGGGAGUUUUGUGAGGAGCGGACAAGGGACUAUAUGUAGUGGAUGUAGAGAACCGGACCUGUUUCUUGAUUGGAGCGACAUUGUUCCAUAGAGAAGGGAUAUGGCCAUAUAAUACAUUAAUGAUCCUCGCUGUUUUAUUUUUAUUUUUAUUUUUUUUAUCUAUUUUUUUUGGCUUGUUGAUG